AACGCGUAGCAUCUAACAAAUAACCAUGAGCGAUAACGCAGAGUACAAAGAGGCGUUCGCGUUAUUUGACAAGAAGGGCACUGGUGCAGUUCCGCGCGAGACUUUAGGCGACUUGCUCCGCGCGCUGGGACAGAAUCCUACACAAGCGGAAGUGGCGGACAUCGUGAAUGCAGCGCCUCGGGACGUGGACUAUAGGACGUUUUUGACGAUAUUGAACCGGCCUGAUGGAUUCAAGCCUGCGGGAACGCCUGAGGAAUUCAUUCGCGGAUUUCAGGUGUUUGACAAGGAAGGGAACGGGUUCAUUGGCGCGGGCGAACUGCGGUACGUGCUCACGCAGCUGGGAGAGAAGAUGUCGGACGAAGAGGUCGACGAGUUGUUGAAGGGGGUGCAGAUUGGCGCCGACGGGAACGUCAACUACGAGUCGUUCGUGCGUACCAUCCUCAGCCAGUAGUCAGGUGUUGUGCCAUAUGCAUGU